GGGGAAUCGGUUUCUGGAACCCGAAGCGAAAUGGGAUAUUGGAGUGAAUGGAGGUCUCGGUAGUGAAGCAAGCAGAAAAUAAAUAGUUUUGCAUGCUAUUAAUAAAGCGGCACUCGCCUUGGGUAGUUUUCCGGCGAUGAGAAGGUGCAGGUCGUGGUUGUUCGGAGUUAAAAAGAGGGGACAACAGGUUUCAUAAACUCUAGUUAUAAAACAAAGCGGAAAUUGAAUACUGUAUGUUUCCUAUAACGUCCCUCCGUUUUAACACUGGCAUGAAGGGGGGUCAUUUUAGGCUCCUGUUAACGGUUGACAGUUUUAUCUCUAGGCUGCAGUAGCAUUAAUUCCAUUUUAUUUUAUUUUAUUAACUUUGCAUCCUACCAGUGUAGUGGUGGUGGUGGUGUUUGGUGGGGGGGGGAGAAGGGACGUCCAACCAGUAGAUCGUGAUCUACUGGUAGAUCCCCGGCUGAUCCUGGUAGAUCGCGGGAUCCUUAUCAUGUACAAAAUGUUACAGGGAAAAAGCAAUAAAACCCCACCUCUGUGCAAUCCUUCCCCCAAAAAGCUCAACAACUCUGGGCACUUCCCUUCUUAAAUAAAGCUCAGCAACUCUGGGCAAUCCACCCACCCCACGCAUGAUCCUCCUCCCUCCAAUGACAAUGGGUAGAUCACUGCCAGGUUUUUUAUACUGGGAGUAGAUCAGUCUCUUGGGAGUUGGAUAUGCCAGAAGCAUUUAUGCCGUCUGCACUUUAAAGAAAAGAAAGAUAUUGUGUGUUUGCCAAGCCAGAGGUGGGUAUAACUAAACAGAGCCCCCCUUUUUUUACCUUCUUUUGAACGGAGUUCAAAGUGUUCAUCAUCUGACUGGUUGACGACCUGUGCACCGAGAUAACCCUGCUGACUUUGCAUAUCGUGCAGAUUGCUUAACGUCCUUGUAGAUGAAACAGGCCUCUAAUAUGUUCACCAUUGUAGUCCUGGGAGGGGAGGCAGGGCGACAUUCUGCUUGAGGGGCAGCUUCUGAGGCAGGCGGAAAAAGCUAUUGUUCUGCUUGCAUCUAUAAAACUUCCCCCACCCAUGCAGUUUAAAAUUAUCAGCUGCUGCUGUGACCAUGACCCUGGUUCAAGAAUCUACCCUGUACUUAAAUUUCACUGGGCAUCCUUGGGCUCAUCAUGUUCCCAGGGUUGUUGUACAGAUAAAAGUGAAUACUGUAAACGUACUAAACUCUUUGGAAUAAGUGUGGGAAUGAAAUAAAAAAAUUCCUUCAGUAGCACCUUAAAGACCAACUAAGUUUAUAUUUUGGUAUGAGCUUUCGUGUGCAUGCACACUUCUCCUCCUAUUAUGCAACAGUAAUUCCCUCAAGGUGUAUUGAAAGAAAACUAGCUAAAUGGAAACUUUCUCUCUUCUCCCCUCCUAAUAAGUGAACAAGAUUUCCUUGAGAUAAGAUUGUUUGGGGAUAUAUAUAUAUAUAUGUCUUUUGAACAGUGGCUCUCUCUUAAUCUCAGGCGCUCCUUGUGGAGGAGAAGGGGAGAGAAUGGGUUAGGGAACAUUUUUGUCUUGAGAGUGACCUAGGAGCAUAACAGCAGGGAAGGUCACACUAGUGCUGCUCACACUAAGGAGAAAGGACUGUAAAAGCCAGUAAAAGUACUUGAGUGUGUAAUAAAUGUGUGUCCUUGGGAACAUAUGGUAUCUAUGCUGGAAGCCCUGAGGCUCAGAUAAAACUCCAAGGUUGCUAGUUGGCAUUCUCCACUGUAUGUUAAAGAUUGGACAAAAAGAAAGAAGAGAUGGUCCUAAGAAUUGUUAGGAGCAUUGGAAGUAGGAAAUCUCAUAAUUUGUUUUUCAAUGAUGGCAGAUCACUGGCCACUAUUCAUAUAUUCUUCUAUAUAAUAAUGCUACAUAGAGCUUAGCAAUAAAUUACUUUUUCACACCACUGAUGGUAUUGUGUACUGUAUUCAUGCUUGGACAAGAUUAGAUUUCUCUAAAAUAUUUUUUGCCAUGUGCAUUAAUACUUGCUUCAUUUAUACAGUUAAGUAACAAUACAUUGGUUUAUGCAAUAGGGUGUUUCCUUUUCUUUACACUCAGGGCUGGACUGAGCUCACCUUUUGAACUGUUCAAACCACACAAGUAAAAGAACAUAAUCUACAACUGUAAAACAACCUACUUUUGAUAUCGCUGUACUAAGUUGCCAGUUUCUUUCUUCUAUGGUUCUUGAGCUUUUAGGAAUUAAGUAAUAAUAAUAAUGAUGAUAAUAAAUUUUUAUUUAUACCCCGCCCUUCCCGGUUUAAAAACCGGGCUCAGGGCGGCUAACAGCAAAUAUAACACAUUGAUUUAAAAUGUGACUUAAAAACAGCAUAAAAUACAACAUAAAAUGCAGCAUCAAUAUCAAAAAAAUGCAAAAAUUCAGGGGUCAUUUUUGGGGGGGGGGGAGAAAAGAAAAACCCAGCCAGUAGACAUCAAACGAUCACCAGGGCUAACUGGCCAAGUUGGUCCUACUAGGGCCAGCAAGGAGACCAGGGAAGAAUUUAAAUGUAGGGUCCCAGAAAGGGUUUCUUCUUAGAAGAGGAAAGGGGGAGAGGGAAAUAGAGGAUCAGGCUAUUUCAAAUUGAAGGCCAGGCAGAAUAGCUCUGUCUUAUAGGCCCUGCGGAAGGAGAUCAAGUUCUGCAGGGCCUUAGUCUCGUGGGACAGAGCAUUUCACCAGGUCGGAGCCAUCACUGAAAAAGCCCUGGCCCUGGUGGAGGAUAGUCUGGCUUCCUUAGGGCCCAGGACCUUUAAGCUAUUAUUAUUCAUGGACCUUAGAGUCCUCUGCGGGACAUACCAGGAGAGGCAGUCCCGUAAAUACGAGGGUCCUAGGCCGCAUAGGGCUAGGCAAGCAUUCAGCAGAUACUCGGAGUUCUUGGAGUUACUUGCAAGUAAGGGUACAAGCUACAAGAACUCUGCAGCUCUCUCCUGCCAUUUUUGGGUUUGAAUUGCAUUAUUUAUUUAUUUCCCGGUGCCGCGCAUAUGUACAGUCGUGUGUGAGUGGAUCGCACGUGGGUAGUGCCUAAUAGCCAUUCAGCCUAAUAGCUCUGAUAGGAUAUCCUAUACCCUUGGAACCUAAAACGUUUCUGCCUGGUUAUCUAAAAGAAACUGAUCAAGAAAUAGUGUUCAGCCUCUUAACUGCUACUAAGAUUAUAAUAGCUAAAAGUUGGGCCAGGGGAAGCAUAUCUCCUACUGUAUCUGAAUGGGUUGAGAAACAGUACUGUAAUGGGUUGAGAAAUAGUACUGUAAUGGGUUGAGAAAUACUGUAACGCAGGCAUGUCAAACCUGCGGCCCUCCAGAUGUUUUGGCCUACAACUCCCAUGAUCCCUAGCUAGCAGGACCAGUGGUUGGGGAAGAUGGGAAUUGUAGUCCAAAACAUCUGGAGGGCCGCAGGUUUGACAUGCCUGCUGUAACAGUAUUUCUUUGCUUGUUACCUUUGGUUUAGUUUGUUUAGUAAUUAGGAAAAUUAAUGAAGGGUACAUAUCAGUGGCUACUAGCCUUUGCUGCAGGCUAUGAUCUGCUUCCACAACUGGAGGCAGUAAUGCUUCUGAAUAUCAGUAGCUGGAAAGGGCAGGAGAGAAAGAGGGCUCUUGUGCUCAGGGUCUGCUUGCAGGUUUCCCAAAAGCAUCUACUUGGCCACUGUGAAAGCAGGAUGCUGGACUAGAUGGGUUACUGCCCUGGUUCAGUAGGUUCUUCUGAUGUUUUUAUAUGUAAAACAUAUUGUAAACUGUAAUGUGCAUAUAGAGGAAGUUCCCCCCUCACCCCGUUGGACUUCCAUUUCAUUCUUCAGUAUCCUUUCACCUAGCCUCAGAUGUUCUUCUGUCACAGAAAAUAGUUUCUGUGUGGGACAAAAUAAUCAUUCUGAGAGUCAAGUUUCACAAUGCUAUACUGUCAAAGAUCACAAAGCAGAACUACUAUAAAAGUGUCAAUUUACUGAUCAGUUUCUCCAUCCUUAGUUAUUUUGAUGCACUCUAGGCACCAGGAUCAACUUCAUGGAUCCAAUUUGGCAGCUCAGUGGGGCCACUCAUCUGUCAAUCACAUGAUGGCACCGUGAUGCACACUCUGGUCCAAGAUGCUGCAAACUGAGCAGGAUUUCACCUCAAUUUAACCUGAUUAGCUGGGAGUUACACUCAAGUCAAUUUUUAUUGUAUACAGCCAAAGGCAUUUACAAUGGAUGACAGAAAAUAAAUGGAAAACUUUCUUCUAAGACAGGGGUCCCCAAACUGGGGGCCGGAUGCGGCCCAAUCGCUUUCUCAAUCCGGCCCGCGUACAGUCCGGGAAUCAGCAUGUUUUUACAUGAGUAGAAUGUGUCCUUUUAUUUAAAAUGCAUCUCUGGGUUAUUUGUGGGGCCUGCCUGGUAUUUUUACAUGAGUAUAAUGUGUCCUUUUAUUUAAAAUGCAUCUCUGGGUUAUUUGUGGGGCAUAGGAAUUCGUUCAUUUUUUUUUUAAAAAAAAUACAGUCCGGCCCCCCACAAGGUCUGACAGACAGUGGACUGGCCCCCUGCUGAAAAAGUUUGCUGACCCCUGCUCUAAGAUUAUACCAUGUAGCCUGUAGCAGUUUACAACAUAUAAAGAAAUUUACAACAUUACAUUUUAAAAUUGGAGUGGAUUCACAUAGCUGGAGUGGAGCUUCUUGGCUUGGCUACCUAGUGUGUAAUAUAUACAGUGGUACCUCGACAACCAAACGCUUCAACUUCCGAAGGUUUCAACUUCUGAAGUCGACAACCCCGGAAGUCGCACGCGUUCUGCACCUACGCAAAGCGGCACGCGGGCUCAGCACAUGCACAGAAGCGCGAAUCUGCACAAGUGGUGCUUGGGCAACUGAAGACUUCGACUUACGAAGACGGCCGCGGAACGGAUCGUCUUCGUAAGUCGAGGUACCACUGUAGCUGUUUAUCUGCUAGGAGUUCAAAUGUCACUUCCUGUGACAGAUCGACCUAGAAGCCAGUUAAGAAUUGGCAUAUAAAUUUUCUACUAGGUGUCUUCCCAAGUGAUGUGUAAAAAUUUUCGAAGACACCGUUGAUGGAAUCUUUCGAGGAGCUGGAGUUGGCGUUUAUAAACGGUCCACAUUUUAGAAGCAUUCAGUAAAGUUGGUAGUACAAUAGCUUUGUGAAAAAGCAUUUUGGUUUCCCUGCAAAUGUCCCGGUCCUCAAACACUCUGCACAUCAAUUGGGAGAAAGCUGCAUUCACAGAGCUCAGGCGAUGCUGGAUUUCGGCAUCAGUGUUGGCCCUUGUGGAAAGAUAACUGCCCAGGUAGGGAAAGUGAUCGACAUUUUCCAACGUUACACCACUGAGUUGGAUUUGUGGUGCUGCAGAGGGGUUAUUUUGUACUUGUUGGUGCAGCACUUUGGUUUUUUGGAUGUUGAGCGAUAGGCCAAGCUUUUCAUAAGCUUUUGUGAAGAUAUUUAGGAUGGUUUUGAGGUCAUCCUCUGAGUGUGCACACACUACGUUGUCGUCAUCAGCAUACUGAUCCCACUGUGAAUGGUUCACUUUGAGAGCCAUUAUCUGCGAUUGUUCCUGUCAUAUUAUCAUGGAGGAGCCGAAGGAUGUUCACAAAUUUAUCUGGGCAGCUGAUUUUCAGAAGGUCAGUCCACAGGGCAUUAUGAUUUACAGUGUCAAAGGUCUUAGUCAGGUCAAUAAAAGCCAUAUAAAGAGGUUGGUUUUGCUCUGCAUUUUUCUUGAAGCUAUUGAGAGGUGAAAAUCAUGUCCACUGUCCCCCUAGAAGGUCAAAAACAAUUUUGGGAUUUAGGAAGGGUCACCUCGGAUAUUGUUAAGAGACAGUUUGCUAAGAUCUUUCCAAUAAUUUUGUCAGCCGCAGCUAAUAAAGAGAUGCCUCGGUAGUUUCCGCAAUCCGUUCUGUCACCUUUUUAAAAGAGAUUGAUACUUUUGGCGUCCCUUAAGUCUGCUGGGAUCUCCUCUCCCAUAUUUUUUUUUCAUGAGCUUGUAGAAGUUGUGCAAGUUCAUUUCCGCCCACUUUGAAGACUUUGGCAGAUAUCCAAAAAGGUCCGGUGGCUUUGUUGUUUUUCAUUUGGUUAAUAGCUGUACACAACUCACUCAGAUUUGGAGAUACUGCAAGCUCAUCUCUAAUUUGUUUUUGCAGAAUUUGUGAGAGGACCUCAGCAACUACGGGGGACUUGCAGUUAAGGAGAUGCUGGUGAUGUUCCAGCACAGUGCAAUAGCUUCUUUAUCUUCUAUAUAUAUAAAAAUGUAGAGGGUCCAAGUUUGUUAAAACACGGCAUUCUCCCAAACCGCUUGCCUGAUCGCAGUCAAAUUUUGGCCAUAACGUCACAUGGGUAUAGGCGAGUGUUUCCAUGUCACACCUGUGCCACAAAAACCAGAACAGCUACUGCAGAUGGAAAGAAACAAAGUAGCCUACAACGGAAGCUCAGUUUUCAAAUAUCUCGGCUGCGGAACGUUUCGGAAGCCGAACGCCGAAAACCCAGAAGUGAAUGCUUCCAUUUUCAAACGCGCCUCAGAAGUCGAAAGGUUUCCGAGGUUCCAAUGGCUGCCUGUCGGCACACACAGUUUUCUGAAGGAGGAAAAAGUAAAUCAGUAAUGAAUGGAGCUGGAACCUCUCAAGGACAAUGGGGGAGGGCCUGGAAAGUCGACUGGUUUUCCUUGGCGUGCGUCAUCUUUCUACUCCUAUUUGCACCCUUCAUUGUAUAUUACUUCAUAAUGUCAUGUGAUCAGUACAGUUGUUCUCUAACUAAGCCAGCCAUUGACUUGGUCACGGGGAAAGCCAGUCUCUUGGAUAUCUGGCACAAGACACCACCAUUGACCUGGAAAGCUGCAACCCUCUAUGCUUCUUGGGUAAUCUUCCAGGCGUUUUUGUACAUGCUUCCUGAUUUUUGUCACAAAUUUAUUCCUUAUUUUCGAGGAGGAGUGCAAGAAGGGGCUGUGACUCCCGCUGGCACAGUACUCAGCUAUGAGAUCAAUGGACUUCAAGCCUGGCUUAUCACACACAUACUCUGGUUUGCAAAUGUUUACCACUUCCACUGGUUCUCGCCCACCAUCAUUUUUGACAACUGGAUUCCUCUCUUGUGGUGUGCAAAUAUCCUGGGCUAUUCCGUUUCCAUAUUUGUAAUGAUAAAAGCCUACUGUUUCCCCUCUAAUGCAGAAGAUCGCAAAUUCACUGGUAACUUCUUCUACGACUUCAUGAUGGGGAUUGAAUUUAAUCCUCGUUUAGGAAAGUGGUUUGAUUUCAAACUGUUCUUCAAUGGCCGCCCAGGCAUUGUAGCAUGGACUCUGAUCAACCUCUCUUAUGCAGCGAAACAACAAGAAUUAUAUGGACACGUAACUAACUCAAUGAUACUUGUCAAUGUCCUCCAGGGUUUAUAUGUUGUGGAUUUUUUCUGGAAUGAAGCUUGGUAUUUGAAAACAAUGGAUAUCUGUCAUGAUCAUUUUGGAUGGUACCUGGGCUGGGGAGACACUGUUUGGCUUCCAUAUCUCUAUACACUGCAGGGAUUAUACUUGGUCUACCACCCUGUUCAUCUGGCUACAGGCAAUGCAGUUGGGAUUCUACUAUUUGGUUUAGUGGGCUACUAUAUCUUUAGAAUGACCAAUCAUCAGAAAGAUCUCUUUCGUCGUACAAACGGCAACUGUAAAAUCUGGGGCAGGAAGCCCAAGUACAUUGAAUGCUCCUAUACGUCAACGGAUGGGAUCAAACACCACAGCAAGUUGUUGACAUCCGGCUUCUGGGGAGUGGCACGCCAUUUUAACUAUACAGGCGACUUGAUGGGCUCCCUGGCAUACUGUCUGUGUUGUGGUUUUGAACACAUUCUGCCUUACUUCUACAUAAUUCAUAUGACCAUUCUUCUGGUUCACCGUUGUAUCCGGGAUGAACACCGAUGCUCCAGCAAGUAUGGCAACGAUUGGAAGAAGUAUACUGACGCAGUACCUUACCGGCUAAUUCCUGGGCUCUUUUAAAUGCUCGACUUCAAAAGGUUUAUGAACAUAAUCUUUUCGGUGCAGCAAGUUUUGAGGAUCUAAAAAACAGCACCUUUUGGUUGCACCUGAUGAAACACGAUUCUAUUAUCUGUUAAGGUCAUUGUUCCACUAAAAACGAUCUUAACUUUUUUAAAGGUGUGGAUUUUGUUUUUUAAAAGUUGCCGGUCUUUGACCAACUAAGCUUCGGAUUUAAAAGUUGAAUCUUGAGGUGCGUUCAGAUUGACACCUUGGACACACAGACAUUCUAAAGUGCGUACAGGGACAGGAAUACACACACACAAGCCCUGCCACCAGUGUCCUCACGGGUCUUCCCCCUGCCUGUCCUACUUGUCCUCAUGUUGUGUGAGGAAGGUCUUGCGUCUGCUUGAAAGUGCCCCCGCCUAACUGCACCUUAUGGAAGAUGUUUUUUCUCAACUUCACAGAAGUAGAAGCCGCCUGCAGACUUCCAUUGGGCAACACAAGGGAGGUCUGGAAUUGGGGUGGUGGGCAAGAUGCUCGUGAGAACUUUGGGGACAAGGUUUGCUUGUGUGCUGGCCACAAGGAUGCUAGGGGGAGGGGUUAAAUGCACAUCCCUGCUUCCAUCUACACUUGGAGCAUUUGUGUGAACAGCCUUUGGUUGUAAUUGAAUCUACAAUGUUACUUCACUCUGGGGCACAACCCACAGGCAAAUGACUAGCCCUUUAAAACUUCUAUUGUUUUUGUUCAGGUCAGCUAUAAAUGAACAGAGCUCCAGUUACAUCAUCAUCUGAUGAUCUGGUCGUCAGAUAGGUUUAUUGUAACUACAUCAGAGUUAAGCUGGAGCAGUAGUAAAGCUCUAACUGCAUACUAGAUAAUGAAGGAACACAAAAUUCUAAAACGACAGCUGGGUUGGUAGAAGGUCUCUUAUCAGUUCUGUUAAUUGUGAUAAAAAAUGCAUUCUAGAAAUGUGUUUGAAUACUGCCCUAAUUAUCAUAGAUGUUUUCUGCAUACAAGUUCACCCUCUUUUAUGGAAAUGCAUAUAUUUUAAGUGGGAAUAGCAACACUUCUGCCUUUUUCAAAAUUGCGUACUAGAUGCAGAUCAUUUACCACUUUGAGAACUAAGUUCCUGUUUGACAAGGAACCACCUAGCCUAAAUUUCUUAUGCAGUCUUUCCUAUGACACCUCUCGCGUAUACAGCUUAAUGUUAGGGUGAGGAAGACUAGGUGGUGAUGGACACCAAGGCUUUACCCUGUAGUUAAAUGCACAACUCCCUUCCCUGGCCCUAGAUGUCUUUGGUGCUUUCCAUUUACUGUGAAAACAGUGCUGGAAUAGUGUCUUCAGGAAAAACAAAUUCAAAGGUAAAGGAAGAAGGCAGAGUGUUCUUUCCAUUCAUGCAUUGUUAAGUGAGAUAAUGUAAAAAUAAAGUGGAGUGUUUUCUUC